UUAAUCUGUCUACCGAGUUAACUGCAACACCUUUUGACAGCAAAGUGUUACCAAACAUUUAAAUACAACAUUGAACGGCUCUCUUGACAUUUCCAGGCGAUGUGUGUAUGUUUUAUAUGUCCGCCUGCUCUCCAAAGUUACUUUUGUGACUUUAUUUGUGUCAGAAGCUAGUUUAUUGACGCUAGUUCCGCCUCGCUUUCUCCCUGUGAUGGACAGCAGCGACAAGUGUCAAAAGUAAUCAGGGACGAGACGCACCGAGACACCGGGGGAAAACACGGCUCCGUCCUGUUGGAUACACUUCCACACAACUCAACCGGUGACAACAACAAGGAGUGCUGUAUUCACUUUGCUGCUAAGUUGCCCCACAGGAACAAGGAAGUCACAGUCAAUCUGCAAGGACAGUAUUUCUGGGGAAGAUUGUAUUGAUGAUCAAUGAUCUUCAGUAGAAGAGCUGCUAACUGCUGAGUUUCGGACAUUGUGAUGGAAAACCCCGAUGAUGAGGUCGACCUGCAACACAGCACAACAGGGGGGGAAGAAGGAAACUCUGGUGGGGGAACACCUCCAACCAAACGCAAAGGCAAGUUCUCCAAAAUGGGAAGGAUCUUCAAGCCCUGGAAAUGGAGAAAGAAGAAGCCAAGUGAAAAGUUCACUGAAACAUCUAUAGCCUUGGAAAGAAGGAUUUCUGUUCGAAAAAGUCGCCAAGAGCUGAUUGCCAGAGGGGUUUUAAAGGAUAUCCCAGAGAACGAGAGCAAUGAUGUGAACCACUCCAAAGCUCCACCAGUGAAAAAUGGGCACCCCGUGCCGAUGGACAUGGACAGGAUGUCUGAACCAGGUGUCCGAGUGUCUCGAGGGGAAUCUGACAUCAAGGUCAAUGCCCUCAGGCCGCCCCAAGCAGACGAACGUCGAAGCAGAGCCCCGUCUGACGCCUCCCGGAGUAACCGGGCCCCUCUGGAUGUGGACACUCAUGCACGUCUUUCUGUGGACGUAGACAGACGAAGCCGUCUGCCAUCAGAUGUUGACAAAAGAGGAGGUUCGUUACCCCGAGGGCCUCCGCAAGACGAUAGAUAUCGAAGGGAAGAGAGGAGAGAUGUCAAAGACGACAGGGAGGACAGAGGACGGAAGAACAGGGAAGACCUAGAAAGAAGGGAUUGGCGAGAGGAAAAGGAAAGGGAUGGCGGAGUCGACCGGAGAGAAAGGCGAGAAUGGAGAGAUGACAGAGAGAGGAGAGACGAUAGACCAGAGAGAGACAACAGAGAAAGGAGAGAUCGAGAGGAGCGGGAAAGGAAGGAUCGGGAUGACAGGGAGCGCAGAGAUAGAGACCAAAAGGAACAGAGAGAUCGGGAUGAGAGGGAAAGGAGAGAUCGGGAUGAGAGGGAAAGGAGAGAUCGGGAUGAGAGAGAAAGGAGAGAUCGGGAUGAGAGAGAAAGGAGAGAUCGGGAUGAGAGAGAGAGGAGAGACGGGGACGAGAAGGAACGCAGGGAGCGUGAUGAAAGAGAAAGGAGAGACGACAGGGACAAAGACAGGGACAGGCGGCCUGAGAGGGAACGGAGAGAUGACCGAGAACGAGAAGACAGGGAGAGGAAAGACGUGCGAGGAGAAAGAGAUGAUAGGGAGAGGAGAGAUGACAGAGACAGGCGAGAAGACAGAGAGAGGAGGGAUGACUGGGCCAAGAGGAAUGAAAGAGAUCGAAGAGAUGAGCGGGAAAAGAGGGAGGAGAAGGAGAGGAGAGAGCCUCAGCGGUCUGUGGACGACCCCCGGCCCACCAGGCCUGUCUCUGAGAUGGACUUGCGGCCUCCUCUACAGAAGAGCUCCUCAGAGGACAACAAGAGGCUCCGUCCAGCCUCAGAGGCUGACAAGAGGACAACCCUGCCCAGAUACGCCCCACCUGCAGAGUUCAGAGAACGCUCAGAGUCCGCUGGUGUCCGCUUCGCCCCCGAUCCUCGUCCAGCACAAGACUCCCAGCAGGAACCUCCCCCACCCAAACAGGCUCUGCUCCCCCCCAGACUUCUCCCUGUUCCCCCCUCUGAGCCCGGCAGGAGCCCCACCCCCUCUUCUUCUUCAUCCUCCUCUUCCUCCUCCUCCUCCUCCUCCUCUUCCUCCUCCCCCGCUGUAGCUGUGGCCAAGCCGCCGAGGACGGUCUCCCUAAUAGUGGAUGACACACCUCGACCCUCCCUCCCCGCUCCUUCCCCAGCUGACUCCGCCACGCCGCCCCCUGUCCCUCCUCACGCCAAGCAGCCUCCCGUCCCUCCACCCAAACCCACAAACCGCAACAGCAACCCUGCACUGCUUGCUGAGCUUUCCCAGCCUGGCAGUGGGAUCAUCAUAGUGCCAGCACCUGCUAAGCGCUCGCCACCAACACCGCCAAAGAGGAUGACCCCCGUCACUAAGCGCCAUUCUGUGGACCCUUCUCCUCCCAGUCAGGACCCAGAGUCUCCCACCACUGACCAGGGCUCUGUGCCUGUCCUGAUGCCCCCUGCUGUCCCUAAAGGGGAUAACAAUGAGGACAAGACAAAUGCAGCAGCUCCUCAGAGCCCCAUCGAGGCUCUGCCUCCACCGCCGUCCCACAUUCCUCCUUCUCCUCCCAGGGUUCAGUCGCUCCAGCCACCCAGCACCUCCUCCUCUGGUCCUGUGCCCACUGUACAAACUGACCCCCCCAGCCCGACCACCGAGCCUCCCAGCCAGCUCCCAGCCAUCCCCCUGCACAUCCUCAUCCAGAGAGCUCUGGCCAGCCCCGGACCGGCUCAGGCCAACCCAGACGGCUCCCAGAGGGCCCACUCACUGCUCUUUGAUUCUCCUCCAGAUUUCCUCACCGAGGCGGGGGGGAACUCACGGCACUCUCUCCCCAUCACCAUUGAACCUCUCAGGCUGCCAGAAGACGAUGACUUUGACAUGGAGGAGGAGCUGCGGAAGCUUCACCCCCAGAGGCCUACUCGCCAGCCGGGGCUGGAGCCUCGCAGCAGGAGGGGCUUGGUGGGAAACCUCAGAGUGAGCUCCAUCCCUGAGGUUGUGAGGGACAGUGAUGUGGACACCGACUCUGACGGCCCCAUCCUGUACAGAGACGACGACGAUGACGAUGAUGAUGACGACAUCCCUCAGGGCGGGCUGGCGAGUCGUGUGAAGAGGAAGGACACGUUAGCCCUGAGGCUGGAGAGACAAGAGAGAGAGGAAAGGGAGGCUCAGGAGAACAACGAAAGCAUGAGCUGGAACAACCGGGAGCAGUGGAUGGCAGUGAGGAACAAGAUCAGCAGCACACUGACACGGCGGCUGAGUCAGAGGCCAACAGCAGACGAGCUGGAGCAGAGGAACAUCCUUCAAGCCAAGAAUGAAGACGAUCGACGAAUGGAGAGAUCUGAGAUCAAACGGAGGCUCACAAGAAAGCUGUCCCAGAGACCCACCGUGGCUGAGCUCCAGGAGAGGAAGAUCCUGCGUUUUCACGAGUACGUGGAGAGCACCCACGCCCACGACUACGACCGGCGGGCCGAUAAACCCUGGACCAAGCUCACUCCUGCUGACAAGGCCGCCAUCCGCAAAGAACUCAAUGAAUUCAAGAGCUCGGAGAUGGAAGUUCACGAAGAAAGCAGGAUCUAUACCCGGUUCCAUCGGCCUUAGCUGUCCAUGCUGACCAGUACCCAGCACUAAUACUGAGAGGAGUGAAGAGUCUCCUCACCAUGAACUGAACCUGUGGUCCAUUUUUACUGACUGCCUGCUAACCUGCUUUAGCUGGAGACACUGGAACCAGAGCUACAGAUCAAGUCAAACCCACAGGUGGUUCUCAGACUUACUCCACUGUGGAAUUCAGGACAGGAGGAGUUUGUUGGUGCGUCCAUGAUGGAGGUACCUGGUGCCAACACUGAAAGAGCGAGAAACCCCGCCCUCAGAAAGAGGUAGAACUGAAAAGAUAACUGACGGAGAGUUCUGACACUGUCUCCCUCCGGGGAAUCCGCUCUCCCCAUGCCUUUACCUGCCUUUAUAUUCCAUUUUCUACACAAAGACUAUGCACAUAAACAGAUCAUUUUAGUUCCUAUUAACUGUCAACGGUACCAUUAAACUGAUCUGUUUAACUCUUGUUUAUUUGUACAUGUUAGGUACUGCAAAUGUCCACCCAGAGGUGCCACACAGUACCAGCCUUAACUCACAUACUCACACACACUAGUGUAAUUUAAGUUUUAGACAAAAUGUGAAAGACUUCAGUGUGUUUCUUAUUUAAAACUCGGCUCUAGCUCUAUUCCAAUCAACAGUGUGUAGCGCUGAUUCCAACCUAAUAUCUGAAAAGUGUGCAUUUUACUGUAUUUUGUCGAUCAUUUAAAUGAUUCUCAUGGAGCACAUAUCACUAGAUUAUUUUUCUAAUAAGGCACUUUAUGUACCUUAAUUGGGUGUGUAGAAAAUUUAAAAAGUUCGGAGCCUAUAAUUCUGUUUAUAAAUUGAAUUAUUCAAGCAGGAAAAUGUACAUAUUUUUAUUUUCCUGGCUGUUUUAUGGUACUUUAUAUAUGCAAGUCCAUAGCUGGCUGCAGUUGUAUAGAUCAGUUAUAUAGAUGUGAUUGACUUUAUAUUGUACAUCCACAGUAAUGCUGACAUGUUUUAAUUGUAAAGUAUUUCUCAAAUGUUAUAAGUAGUAAUGGUACUUUUUUUUUUUUUUGAUACAGAGAUCUUUAAAACGUUUUUUUGCAAAGCACACUGUAUAAAUGAACAAUCCACUCAGAAAUUAAAAUAACCUGUGAUUUUCAUUUCAA